AAAAUCAUUGAAGACCCGUAGCGAAGACUGGUAGCAGAGGCGAAACGAAAGAACUCAACAAAAAAAAAAAAAAAACCUUGUAGUGCUAAUAAUAAUAAUUUAAAAUUUCUUACGCCUGAUCUGCUCUAAGCUCAACAGUCAACCGUUCCUCUUAGAACCCUAAUUCAGGCUCUUCAUGCUUGGCAAACUCUUGAUUCAGGAUUCCACUAAAGCAUCAUGAAUUACCUAGUAGGAGCUUUCAAGCCGCCAUGUAAUAUUUUCAUUUCAUUUGCAGAUGGAAGAAGCCGUAAGCAGGUUCCACUAAAGAAGGAAAAUGGGAAAACAGUUAUGGUUGCUCUCUUCCAGAGCCAAGAAAACAUUGUAGGGGAGGUAGUUAUAGAACCAAUACAGGGGAAGAAGGUUGAACAUAAUGGUGUUAAAAUUGAGCUCCUUGGUCAGAUAGAAUUGUAUUUUGAUAGAGGCAACUUCUAUGAUUUUACCUCUCUUGUACGUGAACUUGAUGUUCCUGGUGAAUUAUAUGAUCGAAAAACAUAUCCAUUUGAAUUUUCUACAGUGGAGAUGCCAUAUGAGUCGUACAACGGAGUCAAUGUUAGGCUUAGGUAUAUACUGAAAGUGACAAUCAGUAGAAACUAUGUCAGCAACAUUGUGGAGUACCAAGAUUUUGUGGUUCGCAACUAUACUCCACCUCCAUCAAUCAAUAACAGUAUUAAGAUGGAAGUGGGGAUUGAGGAUUGUCUGCACAUUGAAUUUGAAUACAGUAAAAGCAAGUAUCAUUUGAAGGAUGUCAUUAUCGGCAAAAUAUAUUUUCUUCUUGUUAGAAUUAAGCUAAAAAAUAUGGAGCUUGAGAUCAGGCGCCGAGAAUCAACUGGAUCAGGGCCUAAUACAUAUGUUGAGACAGAGACCCUCGCAAAAUUUGAGUUGAUGGAUGGUGCUCCUGUCAGAGGAGAAUCAAUUCCAAUCAGACUUUUCUUGAGUCCAUAUGAACUGACACCAACAUAUCGUAACAUCAAUAACAAAUUCAGCGUGAAGUACUAUUUGAAUCUUGUGCUAGUGGACGAAGAAGAUCGACGAUACUUCAAACAGCAAGAAAUCACUGUGUACCGGCUUCUCGAAACUUGAUAAUUUUCUUUCAAAUCCAAUGGGUUCAGACAUUUGAAUGUGGGAAAGAAGAGCAGAAUACUUCAUGGCACAUAUAUUGGAACCCUUUCUGGCUCUCUGAUAGAAGAUUGUAUGCUAAACCUGGGCCUUGUUCCUCUGUAUUCUGCACAUUAAUGACUUGAUCUUUGGAGUUCGUUUAUUCAUCAAGCACCCAUGGAACGACAAGCCAUGACAAAUCCUGUUCGUUCAUCUUGUUAAGGAAGUCUUGGGCGGCUUUUGUUUUGCGACGGCAUCAUACUUGCAUCUCAGUCUUGUUUGUCCAUCAUGUAUUUUCCAUUCAAUGAAAGAAAAAAAAAUGAAAAUCUGGGUUCCAUCGUUGGCUGUAGGCUUGUUGAGUUGUUCAGAAAGUUGGCUUGCGUGGAGUUUUUCUUCUUUUGUCAGCUCUUUAAUCUUUAUUUAUGAUAAAUAAAAAUUGCUUGUACUCUGUUUUAUGUCA